AUGUCUGCUUAUCCAAAUGGAUUUUUUCAGACAUCAGGAUAUUUACGUUUAUUAAAAAUGGAUAUAAUUAAAGAGUUCACUACAGCUCUUCAGGACGCUAAACGUACCUAUAUUUGUGCUCGCACAAAAUUUUUACAUCGUAUUCUUCAAUCCCCAUCGCCUACAAUCGAUGCAUCGGAUCAAUUUUCCAUAGCUUUUUUCCUAUUUCAAAUCCAAGCUAUCGUUCGUCUCAUUGAAAAGUAUACUGUACUUACUGAAACUUUGGCUAAUUCUUCGACUGCCAUACACAAGGAAUUAUGGUUAACAUUGAAAAGUUAUUUCGAUGUAAAACAGUAUUUCACUUGGAAUUAUUAUAAACCGAACUGGGUGCUAUUAAUGUCCGCUAUAAAAAGUACUUUUAUUAUUGGUGUUGGAUCAAUUUUUGUUUUGGUUCCAACAUUGGCAACAGCAUUUGAAAAUGGACAAUGGAUAUUGAUUGCACUGUGCAUGACACAAGGUGAUACAGUAGGCGGUGCAUUUACAGCAAUGAAAUUAAGAAUUUUGGGAACAUUAUUAGGUAGAAUAUUAGGCGCAAUGUACGGUUACAUUACCUAUAUAUCCGUUCAUGACAACGUUUACUAUACAUUUGCUAUGUUCGUUCCUUGGGUGCUGUUAUGCGGCUAUAUUAAACAAAUUCCAUCGUGGUCCUAUGCCGGUACCGUUGCAGCCUUUACUCCAAUUCUUAUUAACUUGGGUCGCUUGCCGUAUGGUGAUACCUUGCCUGCCGGCAACUAUGCUCUUCUACGAAUUGAAGAAAAUUUAGUGGGAAUUUGUAUUGGAAUGUUUUUGACAAUGAUCAUAUUUCCAAUAUUUGCAUUGGAUACUUUAAAAGAAAAUAUUAUGAAUACAUUACAGGCAUGUCGGGAUGCAGUGGAAACAGUACAUUCAGUGUACGAUCAGUUGUUAUUACAUUCACAUGAUGAUCAAGAGAAGAAAACAGAUAAAGCAGUAGAUGUGAAAAUUGAUUUAGAAAAAGGCGCAUUUUUAGAUAAACAAAGAACACAAUUUCACCAACUAAUUAGUGCACAACGGAGUUUAGUAGUACAAGACACUUCCCUAAUCCGUAUUAAUGAAAGUGAUACUGAUGCAGCAAAUAUUGAAGAACUACAAGGUCGUGGUUUUAUUGCUAACCUCCAUUCUGAAAUCAGUAACAUUUGUCAGCAGCUAAGUGGAAGUUUAAAUUUGUGGAGUAAAUAUUUUCUGAUGACUCAAACAUGGACAAAACGUAAAAUCACUGGUAAUACUCACAUACAAAAGGACGACGAUAAAACAGAAUAUCUGAGAAAACAUGAAGAAUGUUUAAUUCAAUUACAUCAGACCGUAGCACAAUUACACGAACAACAUCAACAGGGAACAAAUCGUUUGUUAGACCAAUUUUUGGAAAAAUUAAAAGAGAAAGAUGAAAAUGAAAGUUAUCAGACACUAAAUACACUUCUACCAUACGCAACAAACGAUGAUCUUGAUGUGAUUAUUGUAGCAUUGAGUUCACUCUAUUAUUCAACUACACAUUUAAUCAAGUCGAUGAUUGGUUUAGGGACAACAAUACAUACACUGUAUGAAUUAGAAACAACGAAUACAUAUAGACCAUAUUAG